ACCACGCCCCCUCGCUGUGAUAGGUCUGGAAGUAGGCUGGGAGGGCGGUGCCUGGUGGUGCCAUGUUGAAAACCCUGUGCUCUGGGGCUGCGAGGACAGUGCUGCUCGGCGUGGUGUGCGGCAGGAGAGCGAUGUGUGCUCAGGUGAAUGACUGGAAGAACGCGAAAACAAUUUACGACUUCUCUGCUACGGACAUAGAUGGCAACGCGGUGUCCCUGGAGAAAUACAGGGGCUUUGUCUGCAUCAUUGUAAAUGUAGCAUCGAAAUGAGGAAAAACGCCAGUAAACUACACUCAGCUUGUCAACCUUCACGCCAAGUAUGCUGAGGCAGGUUUACGCAUCCUCGGGUUUCCUUGCAACCAGUUUGGAAAACAGGAACCUGGGGAUGAAUCUCAAAUAAAGGAUUUUGCUGCAUCCUACAAAGUUGAAUUCGACAUGUUCAGUAAGAUUGACGUCAACGGAGAUGGUGCCCACCCUCUAUGGAAAUGGAUGAAGGCGCAACCUAAAGGGAGGGGUACCCUUGGGGAUGGCAUCAAGUGGAACUUUACCAAGUUUCUCAUUAAUAGAGAAGGUCAUGUGGUUAAGAGAUACAGCCCCAUGGAGGAUCCAGUCGUCACAGAAAAAGACCUCCCAAGCUAUCUUUAAGAUGCUCCAUGUCCCCAGUGUCUGGCAGCUGACGGCAGUCUUCUGUCCCCAUAAUGAUGGUAUGCUUCAAAACCAUGAGGGGGAAGCAGACCGGAAGGUGUGUUGGCGUGCACCAGUGGAGGAAGACUGUACUUGCUGGCAGGAACUGAACCAUGGAUUAUGGGAUCAUGUAUUUAAAUAAAAUGUGAAUUUAAAGUUU